GGUAAUCUUCUACUUCCAUCAAUGGAUUCGAAGUUGAUAUAAAAGACAUUAAGGAAUUCACUUCGCAGUCAUAGAAGAAAUCUUUCAGUGAAUUCUAGUUUGUUCUUGUUUCAAAAUCAAUCAAAAUAAAAUGUUAAGAUCUAUUAUUAUUAUUUGCUGCGGCUAUCAUUUGGCUGCUGCAGCAGCAGUACCAGCUUCAGAUAAUGGCUAUCAUGGACUUAAUCUAGACGACUACUCACUAUUGAAAUCACAACUUGCUCCACUUUAUACAGAACCGAUUUUCAAAGGCUAUCCACAGCCCCUCUAUCUUUCACCACUGCCAAAAGAAACUUUUCUUCCUGCUCCCAUAUAUGCACCAGCAGCCUCUAUUUUCAAGGUCCCUGCACCAAUCUACACAGCACCAGUUCUCAAAGAAGCUGCCCCUGCAGAGGCCGCUGUUCCUGUUGUCAAAGCUGUUGCUCCUGUUGUAAAAGCCGUUGCACCUGCUACAAGUUACGCCAGCGUUACAAAAUAUCACAUUUCUCAUGGUCCUGCAAAGAAGGUUGUUGUUCCUGUUGCUCCAGUUGUAAAGGAAAUUUCUUACGAUAAUUUGUAUGGAUAUCAUUGAUUCUAUAGAAGCCACUCAAAACCUUGGACUGAUUUUAAUUUAAUUGUUGUAUCUUCUUUUGAUAUUAAAUAAAUCAUAGGGU